AUGUGUGGCCCUUCUGUAGAGAAAUCGCAUCCUUCGAUUCUGGUGUUCUGCCGUCAGAGCGAAUUCAGUUCACUCCAUAGCCUCCUCAACAGCAAGCAUUUGAAGCGUCAAUACGGACUUCGAGAAUCGUCACCCAAAUACUUUUGGAAAAGCUGGCGAAACAGUCCUACGAUGGUCCCUGAAGAAUCGCACAAACCAUUAUUCAAGCUCUACUUCUGGCGCCAAGCGAGACUGAGAACUUUGCUGUGGUGUGCUAAAACAAGAGUUCUCAUUGGAUCUGACGUUAUGCCUACGCUUGUGGAGUCGCAUUCCCUCUUGCACUCGAAUCUGACUUUGUGCGGCUCCAUCAUUUCUGUCAAUCAAGACCGCAGGAAAACUUCAACUCUAGGUUGCAUUAUUCAAGUAGGCUCUGAGUUUUACGGCCUAACUGCAGCUCAUGCCGUGAGGCAGUCUAGGGCAUACCGGACACCACCACUGAUCUCACCUACCGACGCAGAACUGGGUACAGACUUGGACUGUCCCAUGGCAUCACAUGUUCUGGGAAAUUGGCGAAAUCCAUUCAUGGCCUGCAAGAAUGCUGAGGCCGUAGAGUUGGAUGAUCAUUCAUACAGUGAAGAAGCAGUUGAUGAAAGGGUGGAAGACGUAGACUUUGUCACCGACGUGGAAUACGAAGACUUGCUGGAAGACGAUGAUAACCAUGGGGACGACUCGAACGACUUCGAUGGGUCAUCGGACCCCAAAGAUUUGUUCCACGAGGAGUACUUGAAUUCGGACACUCAAGAAGGGACGAUAGAGACGCAAGCAAUGGUUUCUAUCGAGUAUGAACAAGGUGCAUCGAAGGCUAUGGAUUUUGAUUGGGCCCUCAUCAGCUUACCGGAAAGGGGGCAAUGGCGGCCAAAUGCCUUCAUGAGCACCGCGACUUCGUCCCGUCCGUUGUUUUUCUCCGAGAUCGCGACAGCUUGCCCGGAGAAAGGCACAGCAGUUCUAAUAGUUACCUCGGUUCCCAAAUUGACUGGUCUCACAAACGGCGACUCCGGAUCAAUUGUCAUUGACGCUCGAACAAACGUUGUUUAUGGGCAUGUUGUGGCGUCAAACCCCCUUGGAGAGAUUUAUAUCAGCGCGAUCGGAGCCACAUCGGAGCAGAUUCAGAGCCAUUUUCCUGGCUCUAAGGUGCUGUUGCCUGAUCCCUUGACGCUAUUGACGGGGCUAGCGACCUUCGGGCACGAAACCAUGGGUAAUGCAGAGUAUACUCUUCCAGUAACUCCAACCGCAAAUAAGUCGUUGAAUUUCUCAAACUACCCGGAGUUCCACUACUCUCAUCAAUGCAGCGAAGAUUCCCCUACCAAGUAUGGAGUGAAUGAAGCAGAGGAAUCGCAACCCGCAAACUUAACCCUUGACUGUAAUGCCGUAGAGCUUGGUCUAGGGCAAUCCGUAAGGCACCGGGCAGACAGCCCAGUUCCCCACUCCAGCGGCAAGGAAGAAUCCGGCCUGGGCAAACUUGCACGAUCUUCAGCCGAACCGGCGCCUUCUCGUCCCUUACCAGGACCAUCGAUCCCAGUUGUGAUUUCACAAUCAAUAGGUGGUCGUGAACUGGAUGGCAAUGGUGAUACUGAAGCGGCCCUAUCAUCGAAACUUUCGGACGAGGCGGAGGCUGACUCAAGUAUCAAGCCUGAUCCGGAUGCCACAUCGCCCACAGAUUGCAGGAUUAUCGGACACUUGCGCACCCGCCCGCAGGGGAUCGAACAGGACCUCUCGAGCACAUAUAAUGCCGCUCUCAGUAAGUUUCCAAGCUUUCAGAAUGACAUGAUAGGCACGAAUGAGGAUCCGGAAGAGUUGCCGCAGCAGGGCAUAUUCCCUCAGCACGUUGAAGCAGCGGUUACCCAACCAAGAGCGCAUGGAGAACUUGACCUGGGGCAUGAUGCACAUCAGUCUGCGAAAGUCAAAGGAACAGGAAGAACCGAG